CUAUAAAUUCACUUCAUCACUUCUCACCAAAACCCUUCACAAAUAAUCUUGUCCAACAAUCUCUCAUUUCUCUCUUUCUUUUUUCCUUCCCAUGCGCAACGAAGAAGCUUUCUUCUCCCAACAUUCUCUUUUGGAUUCAGAAGAUCUCAAUCAGCAAUGGAAACAGUUAAGACCUCCAGGUUCACUACUGAGGUGGCUCCGGCUAAGUUUAUAUCGGCGACAAGAGAACCAUUCAAGAACAUGUUGACAACAAUCUCCGAGGAAGACUUUGACUUUGAUGAACUAGUCAGAGCCACUGCAGAGAGACUCUCUUCUUCUUGUCCAGGCUCCUCCUCCUGGUCUCUUGCUCACUACGCCAAGAUCAACAGAGUCUCUUCUUCUUAGAGCAUUCAAUUGCCAUCCCAAAAUGCAUUUUUUUCUUUCUCUUUUUCAAUAAUACCAAAGAAGAUGAUCUGUUUGUAAUCUCUUCAGCAUCAGAGUUUUUUUAUCUACUUCGCGUUGUUGAAUGUUUUCCUGCUAGCAUUCUUGAAUUAUUUUAUGAUCACUUCUGUUUAUUAGCAUUCUUGAAUCAUCUAUGAUCGAUCCUUUUAUGUA